GAGCGCGCGGUGUACAGCCAAGCAACUCACUCGCGAGGUGGAUAAUAAGGCGCCUUAAAAAGGGAGAUUUUUCAGCAGACUUUUACCUUUUAAUAGCAAUGUCCUUGGUAUUACCACAGUUUUUUAACCAUUUAGUUUUCUUUGCGCAGAACGCAGUAUUUCGAGCGGUUCCAUAGAAGUUAAUUUAAUUUUUACUGACAUUACAUUGCGACAAAGUUUUGACAGUCAAAACAACAUAGAAUGGCACUAACUGCGAUCUCUAGCUAUUAAUCAUUCUGCAUAGAGAUUUGCGAAUAUGUUUUUAUACAGAAUUUUUACAGAAGGUUUUUUUCUUAACUGGUGCUUUUGGAAAUCCAGAUUCUCGUGUUGAUUUUCACUGUACACUCCUACUUCUGUAUUUCUAUGGGAUAACGCUCAUUUGCUUUGGGAUUCAUUUAUUUGUAUUGUAAAGUCAAGAAUGAAUUUCGAUCAGCUGUUAACCACGAUCGACGGUUUCGGGAGGUACCAGAAGCUUUUGUAUCUAUGGAUUUGUUUACCGCAAAUAUUUCUGGGGUUUCACAUGAUGGCGAGCGUCUUCACGGGUGCCACGCCACCCCACUAUUGUCAGGGUUCACGUCUCGAGGAUCGGACCGUUACCGGUGGCAAUCUUUCACACAUGAACUUGAGCAUCUCCCUUUUGUCUGGCUAUGCGGACUCAUGCACAGUAUUUUUAGCAGAAAACCAGAGUGCAUACUCAAGUUGUGAAAAAGGUUGGGUGUACAGCCACGAGGUAUUCGAGAGCACGAUUGUCACAGAGUGGGAUCUGGUAUGUGACAAGGCAGGUCUAAAUAGUCUGGGCUCCUCCAUAUAUAUGCUGGGUUUGCUUGUGGGAGCUGUUGUGUUUGGAGCUAUGGCAGACAGGUAUGGGAGGAGGUUUGCCUUGCUUUUAUCUUUAGCACUUCAGACAGUGUUUGGUGUGAGUGCUGCCUUUGCUCCGAACUUCCCUGUUUAUGUUAUCCUGCGCUUCAUGAUAGGAACGACAGUCUCAGGAGUGAUAAUCAAUGCAUUUGUGCUCGGUACAGAAUGGACCUGUACACAGAGACGGAUGCUGGCUGGUAUCUUCACUGACUAUUUCUUUGGUUUUGGCUACAUGUUGCUGGCGGGUAUGGCUUACUUUAUCAGAGACUGGAGAAAACUACAGCUUGCAAUCUCCGCACCAGGCUUUCUCUUCAUUUUCUAUAUCUGGGUUAUUCCACAUUCAGCCCGUUGGCUGUUGGUGAAUAACAGAAAAGAGGAGGCGGUUGUUCUUCUGCGUAAGGCAGCCACAGUAAAUGGUCGCACUUUACCUCCCACUGUUCAGGUGGAACAAUAUGAGGUCCCACCCGGACGGAUUCGGUAUACUGCAGCUGACCUGCUUCGAACUCCAGAGAUGAGGAAAAGAACCCUCAUUCUCUUCUACAUCUGGUUUGUUAAUGUGUUGGUGUAUUAUGGGUUGUCUCUGGGUGUCUCUGACCUAGGGGUAGACCUUUACCUUACUCAGUUUAUGUUUGGAUUAGUGGAGAUACCUGCAAGGUCACUGGUGUUGGUCCUUCUGCCCUAUAGUCGACGAAUCCCAUUGAGCGCUUUCCUCGCUGUUGGGGGAUCAGCGUGUCUACUCACUCUCACCAUCCCUGCAGACAGUUUUCAUAUUCGGACUGCUUUGGCCAUGGUGGGGAAAUUUGGAAUUACGGCAUCUUUUGCCAUUAUCUAUAUUUAUUCUGCAGAACUCUUCCCAACUGUUCUCAGGCAGACAGGUCUUGGUGUUGCUUCUAUGUUUGCGCGUAUUGGUGGAGUUUUAGCUCCUCUGAUAAACCUACUUGGACGUCAUGCACCUGUUGUGCCCAUGGUGAUAUUUGGCUCCACCCCUCUGCUUGCCGCAGUGCUUGCAUUGGGAUUACCUGAGACUGCCAAUCAGCCGCUUCCAGACAGUAUUCAUGAUGCUGAGAGGUUUUCUACUCAGAAAUAUGAUAGACAAGUUCCAGUAAAAAUUGACCAAUCAUCAGGCAGCACAGAAGACCAGGAACUACAAAGUUUAGCAGAUGAGUCCAAAUAGACAUAAACAUCACAGAUGCAUAAAUUUAAACACUAUGCAGCCUUAUAUUU